AUAAAAUGGAUAAUAACUAAAAAUUACAAAUAACAAUAAGUGCAUUUGGUAAAUUUGGGAAUAUAAUCACAAAUCCUACAAGUGUUAUUGUGUCAGAAUUUACAGAAAUAUUUAAAAAAAAAUAUAACAUAAUUCAUUCAGAAGUAUUAGAGGUGUCUACAGUGGCUUGUUAAGAAUAUUUGAAUAAAUUACCUGAUCAUACUUUAAAUAUUCAUUUUGGAGUUUAUGACGGAUCUUAAGAAUUUAACAUAGAAUAAUGUGGUUACAAUUUAAAAGAUUUUGGAAUACCUGAUAUGAAAGGAUAUCUUGCUCAUAAUGAAUGCAUUGAAAAAGAUUGUAAAAAAGAUCUUUGUAGACAAACUAAAAUAAAUACUGGAUUAUUAGUGUAGAAAUUAUAAGAAAAUUUUCCUGUUGAAGAAUCUACAGAUCCAGGAAGAUAUAUUUGUAAUUUCAUUUAUUAUUGUUCUCUAUUAAAAAGUCAAGGUUGUCCAUAAUCAGCAUGUUUAUUUGUUCAUUUUCCAGCAUUCCGUACAAUAGCAAAGGAGAAAUAGGUUGAUUUUGUUGAAAAUCUAUUAAUAACAAUACAUGAGAUGCAUUAGAGUGGUCAUUUGUAUAAAUGAUU